AUGAGCGAGAAGAAGACGAAGGAAGACGGAGAGGAACACGAGAUCACGUCCUCGGAACUCGAGCGAGUGAUCACGGACCGCGACUACGCGUUCUUGAAAACGCGAUGUGGUGGCCCACACGCGUUAGCGGAAUCGUUGGAAUCCAAUCCAAAAUCCGGACUCACGCGAGUGCAACGGUCCUCGUCUGAAGGUGGAAAAAGACAGGAAAGAGAAGUAAAGUUCGGGAAGAACGAGUUCGAAUACCCACCGCCGAAAACGUUUUUACAGUUAUGCGUGAUUGCUCUGGAAGAUUUUACGGUGAGGAUCUUAAUCGCCGCCGCGGUGGUGUCCUUAGCCAUCGGGGCAGGAAUGAAAGAACACAGGGACGAGUACGGGUACUUGGAAGGCAUCGCGAUUGUGAUUGUCGUCAUGGUGGUGGUGUUUUUACAAGCGUACAUCGAUUACGCCAAGGAGAAGAAAUUUCGACAGUUGAAUUCAGUGAAGGAUAAUUAUAACGUCAAGACGGUUAUCGAUGGAGAGGUGGAGCAGAUCCCAGCCGGGGAGGUGUUGGUCGGCGACGUGUUGGAGUUGACCGCGGGGGAUAAAAUUCCGGCGGAUUGCGUGUAUUUGGAAGGGAGCAAGUUGAAAACGAACGAGGCGGCGAUGACGGGAGAACCGAUCGAUAUUGGGAAGAAUUUGGAGAAAGAUCCGUUUUUGUUGUCCGGGACGAGCGUCUCGGAAGGGAGCGGGAGGUGCGUCGUCGUCGCGGUCGGAGGGCAUUCGCAGUGGGGGGCCAUUUUGAAGACGUUGAUCGUGGAGCCGCAAUCGACGCCGUUGCAGGAACGACUGGACGCGUUAGUCGUGCGAGUCGGAAACUUCGGGAUAGGAGCGGCUAUUUUGACGUUUUUGGCGUCGUUUAUACGGUGGAUCGCGGAGAGCGUGGAAUCCGGCAGUUGGGACGGUUUGAAGGUUUUAAAUUUUUUAAUUAAUUCGGUGACUAUCGUCGUCGUGGCUAUUCCAGAAGGUUUACCGUUGGCGAUUACCCUCGGGUUGGCGUUUGCGAUGAAGCAGAUGAUGAAAGACCAAAACUUGGUGAGACGAUUAGAGGCGUGCGAAACGAUGGGUUCGGCGACGCAAUUAAACGCGGACAAGACGGGCACACUCACGCAAAAUCGAAUGACAGUUACCGAGGCGUGGUUGGGGAGAACCUUUUUCGAAAGCAUGGUGGACGAGGAAAAAUUGAGCACGAUUUCAAAAUCGUUCCAGGAACUUUUGAGCGAAUCGUGCGCGAUUAAUUCGGACGCGAACUUGUCGCAUAAAGAAGGCGGAAUGGAACACAUCGGCUCGAAAACCGAGUGCGCGUUGUUACAAAUGGUGGAAGAUUUCGGAGGCAAAAAUGAGAACGGCGGGUUUCGAUACCAUCAAUUGCGCGAACCGAAACCGGUCAAACAAAGGUACCACUUUACGUCCGCGCGAAAGCGAAUGUCUACAGCCAUCGCGGGUACGACUUCGGGCACGACAAGAUUGCACGUCAAAGGCGCUUCGGAAGUUUUAGUCGAGUUGUGCUCGAAAGUCGCCAAACUAGAUGGUUCUGUCGAUUCGUUUUCUAAAGAAGACAUAAAGGAUGCGAACGAUGCCAUUCAACGCAUGGCCGAGCGUGGCUUACGCACGUUAGCCAUCGCGUACGUCGAUUUGAAGGUGGACCCAAGCAAGUUGGAUCCCGAAAAGCCGCGUGAGGAAAAUUUGACGCUGCUUGGUAUCGUCGGUAUUAAAGAUCCGAUUCGAGUGGAAACGGCCGAAGCCGUUCGGCUUUUGCGAGGCGCGGGUGUGACAGUUCGCAUGGUCACCGGCGAUAACGCGGUCACGGCGCGAGCCAUUGCGAUUGAGGCUGGCAUAUUUGAUCCGAACGAAGAAGAAAAAGGCGCGACGAUUUUAGAAGGCCCGGUCUUUAGAAAAAUGUCUCGAGCGGAGCAAGAAUCGGUGGCUAUGAAAAUACGCGUCUUGGCGCGCUCGUCGCCGACGGACAAGUUGGUCUUGUGCAACUUGCAGAGAGAACUCGGUGAGGUUGUUUCGGUAACCGGCGACGGCACGAACGACGCGCCGGCUUUGAAAGACGCCGACGUCGGUUUCGCCUUGGGCAUCGCCGGCACGGAAAUCGCGAAAGAGGCGUGUGAUAUCGUCAUCAUGGACGAUAACAUCAAAUCUAUGGCCAAAGCUGUUUUAUGGGGACGCAACGUCUAUCAGUCCAUCCGUAAAUUUUUGCAAUUUCAGUUGGUCGUGAACGUCGUCGCGGUGAGUUUGAAUCUCAUCGCCGCGUGCGCCGGGAUCGAAGAGUUACCCCUCGGCGCCGUUCCUUUACUUUGGGUGAACAUGAUCAUGGACUCUAUGGGCGCUUUAGCGUUAGCCACGGAACCUCCUUCAGAUCGCUUGAUGGACCGACAACCGUUCGGUCGAACGGCUCCGUUGGUGAAUAAACAGAUGUGGCGAAACAUUAUCGGGGUGAGCACGUACCAACUCAUCGUGUGCAUCACGUUGAUGUUCGCCGGGACUUCCAUCAUGGGCAUCGAAUGCCCUAUUAUCGACGGCCACGAAGAUUGCCACCACCGAACGCUCGAGUUGAACGGGUUCAUCUUCAACGCCUUUGUAUUUAUGCAAGUGUUCUCGGAAGUCAACUCGAGACGAAUCAGCGAUUUCAACGUGUUCGAAGACAUUCACAAAUCCGGUUUGUUCUGUACCAUUAUUCUUUUAACCGUCGGCGUUCAGGUGCUGUUCAUCGAAGUCGUCGGCUCCACCGUCGUAGGACCAGCCAUCGGUUUCGUCAACCUGAACACGAAAGAGUGGAUCACAUCGAUUGUUUUAGGUGUCAUCAUCUUACCAGUCGGCGCGCUCACGCGGUGCGUACCGCUUUCGCUCUUCCCGGGCGUCACGGACGAAGAAGCCAUGGCGCAAGCCGCCGAAGAAACGCACAAAGCGCUGUUGGCGGCAAAAGCGCUCGCGGAUUCAGAAAAAGCGACGAAAGCUUUAGCGGACGUGCAACCAUCUGCCUCACCCUCUGGAGCAGAGUCUCCGGGUCACCACCAUCGGAGAGUCUCCGUCGACUCCGUCUCCUCCUCCAUCUCCCACGCGUUCGAAGCCGCCUCGGAAGCCGUCAUCGCCUCCCGUCGCGCCUCUCACAACGAAGACAGAAGCCGCCUCUCUUUAUCCCGCGAAUCCUCCCUCUCUCGAGACGGCAGCCCGUCCUCCCUCCGAAGCCGCCAUCCUUCCUUCCGAAGAGCCGCGACCAUGGUCAUCAGCGCCAAUCGCUUCCGCCUCCCGACGAUGGACACCAUUCGAGACGACAUAGACGACGACGAAGAGAACGCCAUUAAAAAAAUGAAGAAAUAA